CUAAGCAGAGAACGAGGCUAGCGUCGCUCCUCCCUGCAUCCCCUUGUGUUCGUCCUGGUGCUGUGUGAUGUGCGGGGCGUUUAACGAAAGCAGUGCUAUAUAGACUGUCAGGGGGGGAGAAAGGGGCAACAAAUCCUGCAAAUUGUAUGCUGAAAAGUAGCAAGUUAGCGCAGAAAAUCAGCUCAGUGUUGGUGGUGUUCUGGAGGUGGCCUGGUUGUGGUGGCGCUGUGUAGGGGAGGUUGCCUACUUUCCUGAACAUUUUACAAACUUCUCCCAUCUUAUUUUCUCCUCAUCACCGCCUACAAAUAAACAUUCAAGUGACAUCACUUCGAAAUAAUCAAAUAGAAUAGCAGUAUUUACAUACAUAAACACAUAUAUAUAAAUGUAUAUAUAUUUAUAUAUUUUAAUAGACGAAGCAGUCAGCGACGGCAUCCGGGGAACGUUCUCCCGUCAUCAAGCUCCGCCCCGUGACGUCACCUAAGUAAACAGACCGGAUCGAGGCUCUCUACCUGGCGCCAAGUAUCGUCUUCGCCUGUCUCCAGCUCCAAGGAAACUGUAGCAAGAUGUAUAGCAGCGGAAACUACCCGGGGGGGACGGCAGUGAUGGUGGUACGAACGCGGAGGUUCGGUUUCAUCGAGAAGGCCACACCAGAUUACUUCCGCCAGGGCGUCCAGAUUGGCUGUAUGGUACUGACAUUCCCCAUGGUGGUCUUCCUGGGUAUGUUUGGCAUACUCCUCAUCUUCUUGGGCACCAUAGCUGUCGGCAUAUUCAGACAUAUCUCAAAUUUGCGGUUUAACUCCGAAAAAGGCUUUGACGGGGUGCAGAUUGUCGACAUUAUACUCCUGACGUCUGGCAUAAUCAUUGUGUUAUCGUGCAUCACCGUGUGUAUCUAUGCACGUUGGAAGUACAGAAAUUACCGCCAACAAGUUGUAGACAGCCCGGAAAGAGUCAUGAGUUCAAAUCUGCACCAGUCAAACUCCUAUCCAGUUCAGCAGUCUUCAUGUUCAGUUCAACAAGCCUCCUAUCCAGUUCAACAAGCCUCUUACCCAGCUCAGCAAACCUCCUUUCCGGGACAACCAACAGGCCAUCCAGCUCAGGAAGCCUUCUAUCCGGCUCAACCAGCUUCAGCUUUUCCGGGUCAGCCAGCCACUUAUCGAGGUGAACCAUGCCAACCACCUCAAGCUAGAACCAUAUUGGUGAGCUACGGAUUGAUGCAACCAGGCGAGUUAGCUCCUCUAGCGACUGCAAGCAGCAGUAACGCCACGAUGGACUACCUUCCUGGACCUAUGCAUGUGCCCCUUGCUGAAGAAUACCGGCCUCCACCUGCCUACGCUCCGGAUUCCAGUCCUCCUCCUUAUACACCAUAAGAGAUGUUCUGGAUAUAUGUGUGUGUGUGUGUGUGUGUGUGUGUGUGUGUGUGUGUGUGUGUGUGUGUGUGUGUGUGUGUGUGUGUGUGUGUGUGUGUGUGUGUGUGUGUGUGAGUGCGCGUGUAAGUUUGAGUGCGUAUUUCCGAGAUUUGAUUAUCAAAGCUCCAACUUUAAGUAACGGAUUUCUCAUAAUCAUUUAAGCAAGCGUGUAUCUUCACCUUUUAAAUCUAGAAAGCAUAACAUACCACAUAUGCGAGAAGAUUUAAAGGCCCAAUCAACUUGGAUAUUAUCAAGGUGGAUGGAAGCCCAGUAUGAAAUGCAAAGCCAAUCUGAUAGAGUGCCUCCAACAGUGUAACCCAAGCAGUGGCAUAAACUCCAUUGUCUUUCCCUGUUUGUGUUUAUGUUGGGACACUAGCACAACCAAUACCAAGGAGGUGUGUUAGUAUGUAUAUAUUUACACAUACACAUAUUAUAUAUAUAUAUA